CACAUCAUCACAUCAGAGAGAAGCGUUCACGCGCCUCACUGCGAGCGCGUGGAUCAUCGAAAAGCCAAUUCAACUCUCAUCCGCUCGACGUGAGGUGAGGAGUGAUGAACAACAGGACCUUUCAAAGUAUUAAAACAAAAACAUGUCAGCAACACUCUGAGUGAGAUUUGUCCAGCUCUACAGAGACGGGCUGUUUAUCUGAAAUGGGAUUCCAAGGAUGUUAUUCCAGGAAUAAUGUGCUCUGGAGAGACUGUGUCUUGAUUUCAUAAAGAAACAGCUGAAGCAGUUGAACAGAGCAUUUAUCCACUGGACAAGAAUCCAAAAAUUGGAAGAGGAUGUCUGGGGUAGAUAAAACCCUGAACUCAGAGAAAAGUUUCAGAGUGGUCGUCCGUCUGUGUGCCUUGUGCAGACCAGAACACUCUGUCUCUAUAGAUGAACCCAGAGCCUCCAUCAAAGUGACACAUCUUAACAGAGUAGUUGUUGACACUGGAAGGAGUCACAAGCCUCAUAUUAUAGAUCUUGAUGCAGUUUUAAAUGAGGAGGCAUCUCAGAGAGAUGUUUAUGAGUCAACAACAAAGUCUCUGGUGGAGUAUCUAAUGCAGGGUUAUAAUGGCUGUGUAAUUGUCUAUGGCUCUCCGGGCAGCGGUAAGACUCACACCAUGCAGGGAUGCAGCGUUUUAGCCAAACACAGAGGCAUCAUCAGCCACGUUGCCGAGGACAUCUUCACUUCACCCAAGGCAUCUCACUGCAAAAUCAGAGUGUCAUUCUACCACAUCUUCAAUGAAAAGAUUUAUGACCUAUUGGAUCCGAAGGGGAGUGAGGUGAUCUGGGUGCGGGACUGUGACGAGGUGGUGCAUCUUGAUGGGUUGACGGAGGUGGAAGUGAGCUCCGCCCAGGAUCUGCUACAGGUGCAUCGCCGUGGCUCCACCCUCAGGCACACAGGGAUCUCAAAGGGAGAUUUUCCAAGCCGAUCCCACACGGUAUUUAACAUUGUGGUCAUUAACACAAUGGUCCAGUCCCCUGAGGGAGUUUUGACAGCCAGCAAACUCACUCUGUGUCGUAGUUCUGUGGCCCCUGACAUGAAGAGAACUUUCAAUGCCACAAAUGAAAACCCGCAAGAGACCAAGAUGCUGAAGCGCUCCCUCACCAUAUUCGGAAAUGUGAUUUUUGCCCUCAGCUCUGCAGGGUCCCAGCACAUCCCAUACAGAGAAUCCAAACUAACCCGAGCACUUAGGGACUGUUUGGGAGGGAACUGUCGGACGUGUUUAGUGGUCACAGUGUCAUCUCAAUCAUCUUCAAUAACCGAAACUCUCAGCUCUCUUCAGUUUGCCUCCAGAGCCAUGGCUGUUCCUUCUCGACCCAUAUACACAUCUCAGUUACAUUACACACCUGAACAGCCAUGUGCAUAUCUGAAUGGGAAGAAGGACAGUAAUCAUCUGAACAGACAGCAGAUUUUACCACCGGUCGGAUCUGACAGAAGGUCGCAGACAUGCUUGCUUCCCAUCCUCUUGAGUUCAGUCAGUUCCUCUGAAUCUAAACUCAGCUCAAGUCACUGUGGAGAUGGGCUGGAGCUCAGAACUUUUCUCCCCCAGUUGGAGAAACCAGGCCAAACUGAACCAUCUGGACGUUACUGCCGUGCAUCUCGACGUGGAGAUGAGAAAAACAGAGCUGAUGGUAGGAUGACCCGCUCCCUGUCCCAUUCCCUCUCUGGGGCAAUACUCCAUGAUACUGGAGGGAGAGAAAGAACUGGAAAAGGAUUGGAGUUUUCACCUGCACAGCAGCGCGGUUCUGUAGAGCGGCUUUCCACAUCCUCUCUUGAACCUUUUUCAGCUCCUUCAGCUGCUGUGGAGUGUCCUAAUUGUUCCCGGGAACGAAAUAUCCGAGAGGAGUAUGACAAGAUCAUUCUUCAGGUUAAGAGAGACAAAGAUUAUCUGAGUCAAAAAGUAGCAGAACUGGAGAAUGAGUUGAAGAUGAGAGCAACCCAGGAGAGAGAUGAUGGGAUGAGUUGGGAAAAGAAAAGCGGAAAUGAAGAAUCUUCCAGCUGCCCAUCUGCAGGUCCAGGAAUAUUACAGACUGCAGAGGUGUGUUUACAAACAGAAGCAGAGUGUCUGAGAGCAGAGCUGAGCGCAUGUCAUGAGAGAGAGAGGAUGCUGACAAACACGCUGCUCUCUGAGAGAGAGAGACUAACCCAGGAUGCCCAGGAUAUGCUCACACAGCUUAACAGCACCAGAGAGAGGAACGGCCAACUUGUGUCAGCACUUAACAACCAGCAGGAGAGCUUGUUGGCAGAACUACAGACCAGCAGAGAGGAGCUUGUAAAAUUUCGAGAGAGUGUGUCUCUUACCCUCAGCCAACUCAAGACUGAAAAGACUGAACUGAUGUUACACUUAGAGGACACAAAAAAAUCCUAUGAAAAGGUGUGCUUGGAAAAUGCUGGUUUAAGGCAGAAACUAAAGUCAUUUUUGAGGGAGAUCAACGCAGCACCCUUUACGGGAUCCAGCAGUCCCGACACAAACCCUUCACACACGCACACAGACACAACAAAUACUGAGAUGAUUGUCGUAUCACACCAUGUGUCUCAGCAAUAUCCUGCAGGUGUCACAAAAGGAAGUGAAUGCUGCUUCAGUCAGUGUGAAGGGGUUCAGCAUCCUGAGGAGGGGUUUACAGAAAAAUUGGAAACCACAAACGACAGCAACUGUGAACAGCCUCUGUAUAAACCCCGAAGUCUCUACAAGCAGCUGAGGAGGGAACACAGUCUGUUACUGGACAUGAUGCUGGCUCUGUACAGGAGAGAGUGGUUUCAGCAGGAUGCCAUACCAUAUGUCAGACGUACGCUCAGGAAGUGUGGACUGAGGCCUGAGGAUAUAGACUAAAGACUCUGUACUUGUGUGUGAGUGAAUGAGAGAGGUGAAAGAUGUCCUGUAUGAAUCACAGGUAAAGUCAUAGUUCGCUUAAAGGGAUAGUUCACCCAAACAUGAAAAUUCUCAUCAUUUACUCACCCUCAAUUUGUUCCAAACCUGUAUGGAUUUCUUUCUUCUACUGAAC